GAGCGCGCGCGCGAGGCUGCGGAGCCCGAGCGCAGGGCGGCGGAGGGAGGAGUGCGGGGCGCCCGAGCCGAGCCGUCCGGGAGCGGCGGCGGCGGCAGCAGCUCAGCCGCCGCCUCCGCUGCGCGCCGGGAGCUCGGCCUUCCGCGCAGCCGCUGCCCCGCCGAGCCGGACCCGGGCGCCCGGACGCGGUCUUCGCUCGCAGCCCUCUGCCUCCGCCUCGCGGUUCGGGGGCGGCUCGGGAGCUGCGCGCCUGGACGGGGCUCGGGGGUGCUGACGGCAGCCCCGGAGGCGGCGGGGGCGCGCUGCCCCCGGCGGGCGAGAGAGCAGCCCCUCCGGCCGCCCCCUCCUCCUGCCCGGCGGGGUCGAAGCUGUGCGGCCGGUGUCCAGGUGCUGGGCUUCCGGACCGACGCGGACCCCCUACCCCGCCCGCGGCCGCCCUGUCAUGCUGCCCAAAGUGGAGACGGAAGCCCUGGGACUGGCGCGCUCGCAUGGGGAACAGGGGCAGAUGCCGGAAAACAUGCAAGUGUCUCAGUUUAAAAUGGUGAAUUACUCCUACGAUGAAGACCUUGAAGAACUCUGUCCGGUUUGUGGAGAUAAAGUGUCUGGGUACCAUUAUGGGCUCCUCACCUGUGAAAGCUGCAAGGGCUUUUUUAAGCGAACGGUCCAAAAUAAUAAAAGGUACACAUGUAUAGAAAACCAGAACUGCCAAAUUGACAAAACACAGAGAAAGCGUUGUCCUUACUGUCGAUUUCAAAAAUGUCUAAGUGUCGGAAUGAAGCUGGAAGCGGUAAGGGCGGACCGAAUGCGUGGAGGAAGGAAUAAGUUUGGGCCCAUGUACAAGAGGGACAGGGCCCUGAAACAACAGAAAAAAGCCCUCAUCCGAGCCAAUGGACUUAAGCUGGAAGCCAUGUCUCAGGUGAUCCAAGCCAUGCCCUCCGAGCUGACCAUCUCCUCCGCGAUUCAGAACAUCCACUCUGCCUCCAAAGGCCUACCUCUGAACCACGCUGCCUUGCCUCCCACAGACUACGACCGGAGUCCUUUUGUGACCUCCCCCAUCAGCAUGACAAUGCCACCUCACGGCAGCCUGCAGGGGUACCAGACCUACGGCCACUUUCCCAGCCGGGCCAUCAAGUCUGAGUACCCAGAUCCCUACACCAGCUCCCCGGAGUCCAUCAUGGGCUACUCCUACGUGGACAGUUACCAGACCAGCUCCCCCGCCAGCAUCCCCCACCUGAUCCUGGAACUGCUGAAGUGUGAGCCCGACGAGCCCCAGGUGCAGGCCAAGAUCAUGGCCUACUUGCAGCAGGAGCAGGCGAACCGCAGCAAACACGAGAGGCUGAGCACGUUCGGGCUCAUGUGCAAGAUGGCAGACCAGACGCUCUUCUCCAUCGUGGAGUGGGCCCGGAGCAGCGUCUUCUUCCGGGAGCUCAAGGUUGAUGACCAAAUGAAGUUGCUUCAGAACUGCUGGAGUGAGCUGCUGAUUCUCGACCACAUUUACCGACAAGUGGUUCACGGAAAGGAAGGCUCCAUCUUCCUGGUUACUGGGCAACAAGUGGACUAUUCCAUCGUAGCCUCACAAGCGGGGGCCACGCUCAACAGCCUCAUGAGUCAUGCACAGGAGUUGGUCGCAAAGCUUCGUUCUCUACAGUUUGAUCAGCGAGAGUUCGUGUGUCUGAAAUUCUUGGUGCUCUUUAGCUUAGAUGUCAAAAACCUGGAGAACUUCCAGCUGGUGGAAGGUGUCCAGGAGCAAGUGAACGCCGCCCUGCUGGACUAUACCAUGUGCAACUACCCACAGCAAACAGAGAAGUUCGGGCAGCUGCUCCUCCGGCUGCCUGAAAUCCGGGCCAUCAGCCUGCAGGCCGAGGAGUACCUGUACUACAAGCACCUGAACGGGGACGUCCCCUACAACAACCUGCUGAUUGAAAUGUUGCAUGCUAAACGAGCUUAGUUACAGCCCCUAGGAGCGCGGCUUCCAAAACACAAAGGGAUGGGCGGCGGGGGAGAAGAACAAGAACAGGCAAAAAAAAAAAAAUACUCUGAAUGCCUCCAAACAACAUGAAUGAAACACUUGGUCUAAAGAUAUUGAAUUGAAUAAGGCGUCAUAAUCAAAUACUUAUAGCCAAUGAAUGAUGGAUCAGGGUAUUUGUACGGCAAACUGUGAAUCAAAGGCGUCACAUCCCCCAAAGGAUUCCGUACAGAAGACAUUGGAAUGGAGUGGCCUGAACUCACAGGUGGAUCCCAACACCACAUCAGGAGGAAAAGGGACAGAACCGUUCUUGUAUAUUGAAACUGAUCUCCGCCGUGAGGAAAUCUAGGACCUGAUCUCUGUUAUUCACUAGGCUUACACAGCGGGGGCUUUGAGCUUACGGGAUUCCUCCGUGGUAAAGCUGAACUGAAACCACUCUCAAGACUACAUCAGCUGCACGCAUCAUAGCCUUUCCCUCUUCCUUUCGAGGACGCAGCACCUUCUGUCGCCUGAGCACGGAAUCUGUGCUGAGGACUCGUGCUCGGCCACACCCAGUAGUAGCUCCACCAAAUCAUGAAAUGCCUAAUCUUGAAUGUCUGUGUCCUAAUCCUGCAAACAGCUAAUAAGAGCAGUCUAUGAAUAUGUUAGCUUUGCCAUUUUGACUAUGUUCUGGUUCGUUUUGUCAUGUGUUCAUGUUAAAAAAAAAAAACAACACAGGCAGUAUCCCUCUUCUGAUCUUAUAUAAGCAUUAAUUAAUAUUAAGGGCAGCGACUGCAAACUUGUAAAGCUUUAGCUUUCGCGUCGUUGGAUUUCAUAAACGUUUCCAGCGGAAAGGCUUGUUGGGGUUCAUCAGCCUUUUUAACCAUCGAGGUUUGUAGUUCACUAACAAAUACAACCUGACACGUGUUUUGCUGGGGUGUCAAAUAGUCACAGUUCUGAAUAGUUUGAAACAAACCUGAAGAGUGCUAAGCGAUGCAGCCUCAAGGAAGGGUGCGCAGAUAAACUGACUGGUGGCAGUCGGUCAUCCCCUAAACGCAGAGAGGAGACGGCGAUCUUUACGUGCGACCUGGGAAGAUAGUAAAGUGAUUCGGUUCUUCCCCUAAAGGGAAGGGCAGAGAGAGGCUGACCUUUCUCAGUCACGGACCAAAGUCUGCCGUAGAACAGAUACUGGAGGACACAGAACUGCAAAACAAGCUGCAGGCACCGCUGUCCGUGUUAUUCGCAGGCGAUGCCACAGAUACGGAAGUCUUGCCUUACUCCACAAUUCUCAAAGGUAGCUGUGCCGAUGCGGAUCAACAUUUGUGUAAAAUAAAGUAUUACUACUUUAAAGUCAAAUAAAAUAGAGUGUUUACAUUCUUUAGGUCCUCUGGGGGGAGGGGGAACUGUGAUAUGACGAAAGAGCUGAAGCAGUAACUUCCUUAAUGUUAUUUUUCUGAUUGGUAAUUAUUUUUAACAGUACUUAAUUAUUGUAUGUCGUGAGACACUAAAAUCAAAAGUGGGAAUCUCAUUUAGACUUUAAUUUUUUUUUUUUGAGAUUAUCGGCGGCACAAUCACUUGUAGAAACUGUAAAAAAAUGAAAGUAUCUCCUAGUCCCUUAAUUUUUUCAUAAAUGUUUCUGGCUUUUGAAUAGUUUAUUUAUAUUGUAUAUCAUAGUUUCAACUGUAGACAAUUAUGAUGCUAAUUUAUUGUUCCUUGGUUGUCUGAGAUGUAGCCAAGACUGAAGAAACCAAAUAUCUGUGUUUUAUUGUAGCAUGUCGGUUAGUGGAACAUAGUUCAGAGACAGAAAGGGAUCUAAAUGAGUUAAAAUCAUUCACUUGAUUAAAUGUCUGUAAAUCUUCAUAAUUCUUACUGUAGUUUAUUUAAUAUCUAAUGUAAAUUAUGUGACUUGUAACUUCCUCUGUUUCAAGUAAAUUUAACGAGGGUGGAGUCUUACCUGGUUUUUCUUUCCAAGCGUUGUAAGUUGUAUACCAAAGAUAUUAGUUAUUACUUCUGUGUGUACAAAGAGGAUUAUUUUAUUAUUUUUAAGAAUCGCCUCUAAUAGGCGUCCACGUGAAGGGUACCCAUUAGCUAAGCCGGGUGUCCGCGGCUUCCCCUGCAGAGCUUGGUCGCCCGUGUUGUCCCCAUGGCUCAGAGGACAACGGAAAGUAGCUGAUCAGUCCUACCCAAAGCAGGAAGCAGGACAGCAGCACCUGUGCUCUCCCCAGUGAAAAACCAAGUUGGAGGGAGAGAAAAGCCGUGUCGACCGUUAAGGAGAUGGUUCCGUCGGUGUAUGUGGAACGUGGGUGGAGGCAGUUUCGAGAUGUGGGCCUCGUUAUUUGGAGGGUCCUUAACAUUGCAAAGAAAAUUUUUUAAAUAAACACAUUGAUUCCCAAAGUCCAGGUUUUAUUUUACAUAUACAGCAUUCCCCACUGACUCUGACACGUAAGAAAUGUCACAUGUUGGUCUGUGGCUGACCUAGUACAUUGCACCACGAGAACAGUUAGCAAGCUGGGCAACACGGAGACGGCAGCCACGCUGCUGGUGGCGUCAAAGACAGAAGCUGAUGCACGGGACUGCCGCUCGGCGUCCGUGGCCCACGCGAAGCCCGCCGGCGAGCUUCCUCUGGGGUUCACCGUUGAGCGGGUGGCAACCAGACAUGGACUUAGCAACCGCUUUAUCAGCUGCAGGACUCACUAGUAAAAGCAGACUCAGAUACGAAGGUUUGGGGGUUGGCCUGGUUUGUUAUCGUUGGUCUGCGUUAUAAACGGACAGUCGGGCACGUCUGAAUAUCUGUCCCGCGGAUCGGAAGCCACGCGGUGUGUAUAGAGUGUGAGGUCGGUUCCGUGUUGAUGCCACUUACUGUAUCAGUGAAAUCAAACUGUCAUGUCGGUUCUUGCCAGGAAUUUCUCAACAAGAUGGAAUUUUUUUUUCAGUAUUUCAAUAAAUAUUGUUAUG